CUCCUCAUUUACAAAAGGGCUCAGGUCUCUUCUCAACACCAAACAGCUAAGCUUGGGAAGACGAAGCACAGCAAUACCUGACGGCUGACAGUGAGUGAGUGAUCAUCCUCCAUCCACAAGCAGCAGCAGCAGCAGCAGCAGGUCCACAUAUACCAUACAUAUAUGUCGUUGGAGGAUCCACGGAGCGCCAUGGAGGGGAGGGCGAGGCGGCGUGCCAGCCCGGCCGGGAUGCGCACCAAGCCUACUGUCAGGGUGGAGCCGGAGCCGCCGCCGACGCCGCCAACCAGGAGGCACGAGCCAGGGACGAGGGCGGCGGUGGUGUACUACCUGACCCGCAACCACCACCUGGAGCACCCGCACUUCAUGGAGGUGACCCUCGCCUCCCCACAAGGCCUCUACCUGCGAGAUGUGAUUGGCCGGCUGGACGCCCUGAGAGGGAACGGCAUGGCCGCCAAGUAUUCUUGGUCCUGCAAGAGGAGCUACAAGACUGGGUUCGUGUGGCACGACCUCUCCGCGGACGAUCUGCUGCUGCCGACGCAAGGAACAGAGUACGUCCUCAAGGGCUCCGAGCUCCCGUUCCACCACUCAAACCUGCCUCUGCCGCUGCCGGAUCAUCAGCAGAAUAAUGCAGCAUGUGCAAAGGUUCAUCAGCCCUGCAAGCCGGCUCCACAACAAGACUCGCCUCCUUCUCCUGGAUCAUCAUCAAACCAGGGGUGGGCAUCGAAGUCUCCAUCUCCUAUCCCUACAACUUAUCCUGCGGUUCCAGCCAUCAAAGAGGACUUCAAAGUACCGCCGCAACCACCGUCACCGUCACCAUCACCACCACCAACGACAACAACCAGUGCUGCCGUCGUUCCAGCCAUGAAAGAGGACGCUGUGUCGCCGUCAACACCGUCUGCCUCCUCGAGCAACUCGUCCCCUAAGACGAGCAUGGCUUCUUCCUCGGGCACAAGCUCGCCCAGCCCCACCAAACCCGCAGCGGCCACACAAACUGAAGAUAAAGCAAGGUGGGACGACCUGAAGCUGCAACGCACACCGGACGCAGCAAGACCAUCAUCAUCGCCGGAGAGGAGGCCAGAGAUCGUCGUGGACGAGCCUCGUGGGCUACGUGCGCCCGCAGGGGAGCACCCUCGUAGCCGGAGGAGCGGGACGCUGCAGUCUCUGAUACGGGCGGAGGCGGCCGGCAGGAGGAGGGCCCUUCCUCUGCCGGAGGAGGACGACACGGCUGUUGCUGCUGCUGCUGCCACGGGCGGGUCCGUCAGCGGCAGGCUCAAGCCGGCCAACCUGCUGAUGCGGCUCAUGGCGUGCGGGCCGAACCACCCCGGCUUCACCUUGGUCCACAACUCGUCGUCGUACAGGCCGCCGCGGUUCGCGCAGCUCGAGUACCCGUCGUCCCCGGAGCUGCUCCCACUCGGAGCGCUCAAGCCCGGAACGGCCGGCGCGUCCACUGUCAGAGCUUCGGGGACGGAGAAUUGCAGCGGCCGCCUGCUCGACGGUGCACUUAAGCUCUCUUCUUCGUCGUCGUCGUCUCGCAGUCACCAUGAAGGAGUUGUUUGCGAGGAAGAAGCGUGGGCAAAGGAGGGCGAUGUUUCGAGAAGCGCGAGCAAGAGGACGGGCGAUCCGUCGUCGGGGAGGAUGGCCUCGUCCAAGGUUGUGUCGUUCCGGGACGUCGACGAAUAGGCCAUGAAGAUGGAAGGAAAGCCAACUGAUGAUGAACUACUGCAGGAAGGAAUGAUUCAAGAACUCAUCCCGUACUAUGGAAUGGAAUUGGGUGCUUCUUCUUGUUUGGCUGUGAAUUUAGUGCGGAUCGGACAUAAUAAACACCACACAGUGUUGUCGAUGGGUUCAGUUCAAACCAGGACAAGAACUACUGCAGGAAGGAAUUUAGUACUCCCUCCGUUGUGUAAUUCUUAUCGAGGGUUCAGUUCAAACCACGACAAGAAUUAUGGAACGGAACGAGUAGCUAUGUUGGUAAUUAGUUUUUUUCUUUCUUUUUGGCGAGUGAUGUUGGCAAUUAGUUGUUACAGAAUGUAGCAGGUAGUAGUAUAUAUGUUGGUAGUAACUCUUGUUGUGAAAAUGGUAAUGAACAUGCCGUUGUUGUUGUGCUAGUAA